AUGUCCUUUCCAGUGACCAACGGUGUCACAACUUUCAUAUCACCGCCGGACGGCUAUGAAGUGAACUUUGAUAAGCCUCAGCAGCAGAACGUGGUUGACCACUUUUUUAUUUUCGGCGUACUCGGAUCCACGGCGCUCGUUUGCUUGAUGCAGAGGCUGUACACGAAGCAGGCUCUGGCGGGCGGCUUACAAGUUGACGAUGGGUCCAUUUCACUUGGUGGUUUGGGGCAUCAUGCUUGGGAAAUGCCAAUCGAUGUGUUCGAAAAACACAUGCUGAGUUCUUACAUUGCCGCCCCGAUCUUCAUCACCUGUAAUGGCCUCAGAAAAACCUCACUCCUGACACUAUACCUUCGAAUAUCGCCGCAGAGGUGGUUCAAUAUCAUCAUCUGGUUUGCCAUCGCCAUGGUUGCCAGCUACACUGUCACCAUUGCGGGGUUGCUACUUUUCGGAUGCAAGCCGAUCCGGUCUGCGUGGGACCCUUACGCUACGGGGAAAUGUGUCGACUUUCCCGUGGUAUACAUUGCUAUCGCUGUAGCCAACAUUGUGUCCGACGUUGUUCUUUUCGUGAUACCAAUUCCGACCAUCAUCAAAUUGAAGAUGCCACUGGCUCAAAAGAUCGGGGCGGGCAUCAUGUUCGGCGUUGGUUCGGUUUUCGUGGAGGUCAAUCUCUUUGUUAUGUGCGGUUCGAUGCCCACAUUCCGGAAGUUCUUGAAACGCUUUGCCCCCAAGCUCAUGGGCUCCUCGUAUGGCACUUCUCGUCCCUCGCGAUCAGCCAAAUACGCCGACGGCUCGCAGGUCAAGCCACACUGGCAGCAACGAACAGGUUAUGCGCAGUUUGACUCGGUCGAGAUGGGAGGCUUAAGAGCCGAUGGCGGUGAGCAGCAGGUCGGAGCAGGCAGCACCGUGGUGUCUGUGAGCGUCGCUGCGAAGGACCUGAAUGAUAGGGGUGAAAUGCGUGACGACACCAGCGAAGAGGGGAUUCUGGAUAACAAAACGAUUGCCUAUUCGAGGUCAUUCCAAGUCCAGUACGGUCGAUAA